AUGAUUUGGUGUCUGCCAUGGUUCACGCCGCAUUGCGAAAUAAUAAAAUUGAAGUCGAUUAGGAGUUUAAUAGGAUACUAUCUCGGCAAUUUCUUAGAGAAGAUCACACUUGAUCAGCUCAGUGUUAACUUGUAUACUGGUACUGGGAUAGUGUGUGAUGUAACUCUUAAGAGUGAUGAACUUAACAAAUUGGGAGAUAAACAAAACUGGCCCCUGAUAAUAAAGAAAGGUCGCAUUGAAGACAUAUCAGUCAAGGUUCCGUGGACAAAGAACUCUGAAAAUGACUCAUUACUCAUGGUCAACGGCCUCUCACUCACAGUACAGCCAAAAAUUCGAGAAGAACCAGUGAUAUCAGUAUUAAGCUGGAUAUCGUCAAUUUGGUCAAACUGGGCAAAAUGGUCGUCAUGUAAAGUUUGUUUGAAUAGAAAAAAGCAACUGGAUCUAUUAACGGAUUUGCAAAUUGGCCAAAUGGAUUUUAUUUCAGAUGCUAUUUACUCAAAAUUGCAGCGCAUAAAUGUGAAAUUUGUGAAUACUAAGAUAAUAGUAGAACAUAUGCCAAAAGAUAUUGAUCAAUCUGUUGUAUUGGUUAUUUUUAUAAAAAGUUGUGAUCUCUACGAAAAUAACGUAUCCGAUCAAAUAUCAGAUGAAGUGAAUAGCAAGAAAAGGAUAAUAGUAGACGGCAUUUCCUUAGCCAACGUUGAAUUACCAAAACAGAAUUCUGGUUACCAUGAUCUUGGGAUGAAAGAUUCACAUGGAUCCCAAAAACCAAAGAGCCAUAAAAGAAACAAAACAAGGUUGAUAAUUCCGGAGAGCUUCGGUGACGAAAUUGACACUGAUAUGCAUGCUAUAGAAUCAGAGACAGGUAAUGCCACUGGUGAUGCUAAUGGAAACAAUGAAUUAACGCCUAAUACAGAAACUAAACUACUAGCUUCGACAGAAUCUGAAGAGUUCAAACAACAGAGACAUUCGAAAGGUAGCUUUGAUGUCCAAGAAGCUAGACUCAGUGGAUUCGACAAAUUAAAAGGCAGUGAAGAAGUGAAUGAUUAA